AGAGAAAAGAAGAGAUGCAAAUAGCAGCUCUCAAAUUAAAGGCUAAAAGGUUGGAGCCAAUUUUUAAUGUUAUCAGGAGGAAAUUGAAACUGAAACAAAGAUUAAAUUAAUCUGCUGAUAAAAUGAAGAAACAAUCAAUUAUUGGAUUGAAAUCCACAGAUCAACCCAAUGAAGUACUUAAUCCAAUGCAUUCUUAUGGAAAUCUAGAUGAAUAAUAAUAACAGGACGAAAAUACUAGAAAAGAAUUAGUAAUUGAGAAAAUAUAAACUAAAUAUGCUGCAUCAGUUGCUUUCUCUUGGUUAACAAAUAGAGCUGAAAAACAAGGUAUUAAUAAUAAUUUUAAUGAAAUUUGAGAAUCUUUAACCCAUAAUUUAUCUCCAGAAACUGUUAAGAGAAAUAAUAGAAGAAAUACUACUUUAAAGUAAAGUCACAAAGGAAUAACAGGUCUAAAAUAGAUGAUUACUAAAAAAGUGAGUGAAAAUUCUGAUGAAAUGAUUAGAUUGGGACAACUAAAAAUGUUAGAAAAUCAGCAAAAAUUUUAUAAAUCCAAAGAUAUAAUAGCAAAAUCUAAGGCUAAAGUAGACACAGGUAGAGUAAAGAGUGUAUAAGUUAAUAGAUCUUUAAGAAAAAAAUAGACCUUGGAUUUCUUUACAAAUGAAAGAAAAGAAAAUUCAGAGCUAACUUAAUAAAUAGCAAAUGAAAAAAGUAAUCUCAUGUUUAAGAGAAGGUUAAUUGUUAAAGAUUGA